CUCGUUGCAACGCUCGCGAAGUUUUCUGCCUCACAUCACACCUUUUACCUCACCUCGACUCUACCCUUAGAGUCCAUUAGCGUUUGCGCUUCAUUACGCAUGCUGUUCACCCACAGAGAACCCAAGGUACGGCAGGCAAAAUAUCUGCUUUCAGGCUGCUUAACCGGCACACCCGGUCUGCUUUGCUUGGGGGCCCGUCGUCUUCAUCGCCGCCAUCUUCUAUGAGUCCUCCUCUUGGCAAUCUUCUGGCCGAGAACCGCAGGUCACUCGGCUGUAUCCGACGCUGCCAAGUAGGAUCUCGCGCCUUCUUGGCUGACCAACACGUCUCCCUCUCUGUACGGUCUACCCGCCGCCACCUUUGCUUUUCUCUCAGCACGUCCGUGGUCUUCAUGUCCCGCACCCGCACCCGCACCCGCGCGUCUUUCCGUUUGUACCGCAUUUUUCCCAAUCCUGCCCGCUUGGCUCUCCCCGUCUCAUCCAAGCUGCUAGUUCGUCGUUACGAACCUGCUUUCGAGCAUGCAAGACAGCUUCAACCUCCGUCCGAUCUCACCAUGCUUUACAUCCACCCUGUUGUAACUGCUGAGGUUGCUGUCUGUAAGCAAGCGCUUCGCAGUCCUUGGCCGCCGUGAGUGAGGUUCUAUGAGGUAGGUAUGUUGCUCGAGAGCCGGAUUUGUUCCUUCAUACGAGCAAUAGCUGCCACACUGCCCUCUCACACACGAACCCAUCUGACCAAUGGCCUCUGUACGCCAAUGGUGCCCUGCUCGGUGUUACCUGCGAGGUCCGCAUCCCUUAUGGAUCUUCCCCUCCGGCAUUACCCUCUCCUCCUUCUAUAUAGUUUGAUCACCUCCGGGUCUCGACUCCACCCCACGACAUCUGGGCUCUCCCCUGCCCCUGUCUCUCUUGUCCUUCCCUCCUCUUCUCUUCCGUCAGCUCUCAGAGCUGUCUCUUGUCUCAAAACCCCCACUGGUCUCUGGGGCUCAGGUUGAUGCUGGCUGGCCAUUGUCUACUGGACUAAUAAUACCACCGCCUUCCCUGGCCCUUCCUCCUCCUCCUCCUCCUCCUCCUCCGUUUGCGUGUUUCCUCCGGCGUUUGCCUCCUCGCCGACAUCCCUCACUCUUUGGACGUCGCCAGUCAUCACGACGGGUACUCACCGUCUCCGACCACACGCCAUUGUGAUCGCAUUUGGACACACCACUUGGAUCAUUUGUUCUCGAUACUCAAGGGCAAGAGAGUCACCAUGGCGAGACGGAAUCACCUGAUUACUUGGGGUGUUCUCAUUCUCUGCCUUCAGAUCGUCGUUGCCCAUGUCGCGGUUCCGUUUAAACGACAGGAGAGCGAUGCCUCGACAACCGCCGUCUUAACCUCUUCUAUUCGAUCCGGAAACACACGCGACCCUGUCACCACGACGUCGUCAUCGUCGUUGAUAAGCUCAGCAUCAGUCACCAUCACGGACUCGGUUCCUUUCUCCAGCAUUCUCUCUAGUCCCUCGGCCAUCCCAACUGUGUCUGGUGGAGGCAGCACCCUUGAUAGCUCUAGCCUCUUCAACACCACUAUCCCCGAGGGCCAGCUGCCCAUUGAGCCGACCAUAACGCCCGGCUGGGCCGUGGCUGGCGUGAUACUGCUUUGUACUGGCGUCGUUUACACCCUGAUUGGUAUCAAAAAUACGGUCUUGCACAAUGCCUUCUCGGUCGCCUACGUCGUCGGUCUCGGCAUAUCGGUUUUGAUCGUCUAUGUCAUGGUCAUCCCAGUCUCCAAUGCGUCCCAGGGAGCCUACGUCGUCGCCGCCUUCUUACCGGCUGUUCUCGCCGGCGUUCUUUCUUCCUGGUUUUUCAAGGAAAUCACAGAGUGUCUGGCGUGCGCUCUCGGUGGGUUCUGCAUAGCUAUGUGGCUUCUGUGCCUCCAUGACGGCGGUUUGCUUUCGGGCAUUGGCAAAGUCAUCCUCAUCAUUGUUCUCUCCCUGGCAGGAUUCGCGACGUAUUUCACCCGAUGGACACGGGACUGGGCGCUCAUGAUCAUGAUUUCGUUCAGUGGCGCCACGGCAACUGUGCUCGGCAUCGAUUGCUUCAGCCGCGCCGGGUUGAAGGAGUUCUGGGCCUACGUCUGGGAUUUGAACAACGACCUCUUCCCAAUGGGUGCCGACACGUACCCGCUGACCAAGGGUAUUCGCGUUGAGAUUGCCGCAAUAAUCGUAAUUUUCUGCAUUGGCAUCAUUUCCCAGAAGAGGCUGUGGAACGUCAUCAAGGAUCGACGCGCCAAGCGAGACGCCGAACUGGCCGAGGCGCAGCGUGCUCGCGACGAGGAAGAGUCGAACAUCGGCAAGGAACUCGAGGCUCGAACAGCUCGCGAGCGGCGGGCAUGGGAGAGGGUCCACGGAGAUAACGUGUCAAACGGCUCGGACCACGACUCCGGCUUCGCCCGCGACAGCGACAGCGAAAAGGGAACUCAAUAUAGCCACGGUGCGGCGACCCCUCGGUCACAAGCCUUACCAGCGGUCGAAAUGGCAGGCCCAGAUGUCCCUCCUGCGGUCCCUCCUAAGCCGAUGGCCUCGGGUCUGAUGGUUUCGGAGAAAGAGAAGGACGGCAUGGUGACAGUUCGAGUUGCCCCGGACGAUAUCAUCACAGACUCCGACGCCAUGGACAGAGCGGUCGACGAGAAGGCAGCACAACAAGCCACCGCUGCUGUCGAGAGCGGAGCAGAAGUGGUCCCAGUUCCCGAAGUGGUGCCUUUGCCGUUCAGAUUUCCGGAUCCCGAAGAGAGCAUGGCGAGAGAGAAAGAGGACCGAUCCACCAUCGCGACAUUCGCCGACGAUGACGAAGACCAAGCGGAUAUUGGGAGCAAGAGAAGUUCUUUCGCAAAGCGUCUCUCCCGUAGCUCGGCACAACUCAUGCGGAGAGUCUCUCAGCGCACGACUUCGUCGCUUCGCAAUGAAGACGGACGUGGCGACGAGCUGGCAAUUCUGCGACAGCCAAGAGAUGAUGACGUCGGCUCUAUUGCAGCGACAAUCGACACUCAGAACGACAGCGGUGGAAGCACUGACAAUGGGGUUCCCCACCACCGGAGCCGCAGCAUCGAGAUCAACGCCCAACUUGCUGAAGGGCAGCCGGGGAACCAGACCCCGCAGCGGAGAUCGACAUCCGCAUCUCGGCGAAGCACGAGUGUAGGGAGUAUCGGAAAGCGAGCCUCGGCGAUGACGGUCGCGAGUGAUGCUCCAACUCAGCCCCCGGUCGUUACAGAGAUGCCGACGGAGGAGACCAACCGAUCCGGCGUCGAGGCUGCCAAGGACACCCCCCCGAAGCAACAAGAGCAUUCGAGCCCCGUACCGAGCCGGAAGUCAGCGGCGUCUUCCCAGCAGGGCAAGUCCGUGACCUCGGUUGACUCUGCACCUGUGAACCUGACACAAGAUCGUCUGCCGUCUGGCUUCUCCAACGUUGCGCUUCACUAUCGGACAAACGAGUGGGCCAAACACCUAAGCCAUGCAGAGGCACCCGAGCCAGAGACCUUGCAAGUGGGCGGCAGCAGACCGCAAUCACGCGAGGCCCCGGCUCCUGUGCACGUGGAUGAGUUGCAGGAAACGGCAUUGUCUGCCACGCCAGCCCCAGUGCCAACCAGGUCGCCCGGCCCCAUGCAGAGACCCUUGUCAAACUACACGCCGAGCCGCGGUCACUCGAGGAACAGCUCCUACCAUUCACAUCGUCGUGCGUCGAGCAAGACGCAGUUUGAGCCCAUAGCGGAGGAAGACGUGCAGGUGCCCCCCAAAGCAGCGAGCACGAAGAGUGACAGCUCCGGACCUGUGUCCGGCGCCGUUUCUCCCGCCACACCCGUCGCCUUCGAACGGCCGCCUCCGCCUCCAGGGAUUGUGUCCUACAACAGCCCCCAGAGCCUCAUCGCUCAACGAAGCGUCGCACUGCACAACAAGACGUACGGGAUCUUGACUGGUGUCAACACGAUGCCCGAGAUCCCCCCCGCGGCCUACCGGGUAUCGAGCGAGUCUGGUUGUAUGUACAACUACCCUGUCUACCCGCAGCAAGUCCCAUCAGCCUCGUUGGACGACCUUCCUCUGAGCCAACGCAAGGCGAUGAUCCGCCGUCAGAGCAGCUUCGGAACGAUCCAGUCGUCCGUGGGAGACCCCAGGCCGGCGAGCGGGACGUUCAUGCCUGGCAUGUCGGCUGAGAGCGUCGCCUUUGAUUCCCACCAGCCCAUGCGGAACUCCAACGCACCGUCGCAAGAGGCCCGCGACGCCAGGCUGGCCAGCUUCCGCAACUCGGUCCGAGCCGAUCUCCGCGCGGGGAUGGCCACAUCUCCUGCCGGUGCAAACGGCCGCGACCUGAGUCUGGGCAUGUACCGUUCGCCGAGCGCAACGAACCUCGCCAGCCAGAAUGUCGCUCGCGAGGCCGACAUGCAGAGGAACAUCGACCUGCAGCGGAGCUUCAUGAUGAGCCAAAAGGAAGCGGAAACCAAGCGGAAGGAGAAGGAGAGACUCGAUAAGGAGCGGUCCGAACAGGCCUUCACGAGGAGCAUGCAGAGCGGCGAGAUGUUUGAGCUGCACCGGGAAGCGAUGCGGAAGCUGCAAAACCGCGCGAGAGACGCAUGA